AUGCCGUCGCGCCGCCGGGGAGCUUCGGGCUACCGCGCGCGUCCGUCCGGCACCUUCUCCGUUGAGAUUCGGUCCGGCGACGUGCGCCUCGACCUCGGCACCUUCGAGAACGCCCACGAGGCCGCCCGCACGUACGACGCGGCGGCGUGGCGCCUCUCGCGGUCUCGCCGGGAUAUGAACUCCCCGGAGGUGUCGACGCGGGAGAUGGACGUCAUCAACGAGCAGCAGUUCUUCGCGGAAAAGAGGGCAGAGAGGGAGGAGAGGAGGGCGGAGCGAGCCGCCUAUCGCGAGGACCGGCGUACGCGGAAGGCGGCCGCUCAGUUCAACAUCGAGCUAGGAGCAGCGUCGUCCUGGGACUCCGAGGAUGAUCGGUUCCUUGACGCCUUCAUUAUGACGUCGGAGGACGACAUCACCGAGGUGGAGUCCGAGUCGGAGGAGGACGACGAGUAG